CAGAAACCUUCUCGGCUUCCUUUCCUGUUAGCGGCGGCCGUAGAACAGCAUCAUAAUGGGCAAGUUCAUGAAGCCUGGGAAGGUGGUAAUGGUCCUAGCUGGACGCUACGCCGGACGCAAGGCUGUCAUCGUCAAGAACAUUGACGAUGGCACCACCGACCGUCCUUACAGCCACGCUCUGGUCGCAGGCAUCGACCGCUACCCCCGUAAGGUGACCACAACCAUGGGCAAGAAGAAGAUCGCCAAGAGGUCCAAGAUCAAGGCCUUCGUCAAGGUGUUCAACUACAACCACCUGAUGCCCACCAGAUACUCUGUGGAUAUUCCUCUGGACAAAACUGUUGUCAACAAGGACGUCUUCAGGGAUCCUGCCCUCAAACGCAAAGCCAGGCGGGAGGCCAAGGUGAAGUUUGAGGAGAGGUACAAGACGGGCAAGAACAAGUGGUUCUUCCAGAAGCUCAGAUUCUAAAUUCAUCGCUUUCACAAAUAAAUGUUUAAAAAAAGUGUUUUGACUUCUGACUUUUUAUUGUAACAUUCCCGUUGUUGAAUAAGUAAAUAAACAGGUUUAUUGUACUGAGAGACAUCAUUUAUGUUUGUUAUAGUCUGGACAUGUUGAGGCUUUGAUUUAUUAAAGAUUCAGUGAUUAUUA